AGCGUCCCUCUGGACCACUUCGGCCGAAGGGAUGGUGAUGCUGCGGACGGACCCCACUUGCCCCCAGGCUCCGAUGACCGUCCAUGAAAUGUUCCAGGAAUCCCUAGAGAAAUAUGGGUCGCUCGACGCCAUGGCCAGCAAAAAGGAUGGGAAGUGGGAAAAAGUCACCUUCUCGGAGUAUUACCGCCUUUCUCGGAAAGCCGCCAAAAGCUUCCUGAAGCUCGGCCUCCAACGCUUCCACAGCGUCGCGAUUCUCGGAUUCAACUCUCCCGAAUGGUUCAUUUCAGCGGUUGGGACUGUUUUUGCUGGGGGCAUUGUGACUGGCAUCUACACCACCAGCUCUCCAGAGGCCUGCCAUUAUAUUGCCCAUGACUGCAGAGCAAAUAUAAUUGUGGUCGAAAACCAGAAGCUGGACAAAAUAACCCAGAUCUGGGAUCGUUUGCCCCUCUUGAAAGCGGUGGUGAUGUACAAAGGCCAUUUGCUGGAGGAACGUCCCAAUUUGUAUGCGAUGGACGAAUUUAUGGAAUUGGGCAACGAGGUCCCGGAUCAAGAGCUCGACGCGAUCCUUCGCUCCCAAAAGCCGAACCAAUGUUGCGUCCUGAUCUACACUUCGGGAACGACUGGGAAGCCCAAAGGAGCCAUGCUGAGCCACGACAACAUCACCUGGACAUCAGCUCACGCUAGCCGUGCGGGUGACAUGCAGCCGGCCGAAAUCCAGCAAGAGAUCAUCGUCAGCUACCUUCCGCUCAGCCAUAUUGCGGCUCAAAUCUAUGAUCUUUGGACCGGGAUCAAGUGGGGAGAGCAGGUUUACUUCGCGGAGCCAGAUGCCUUGAAGGGAGGCCUGGUGGAUAUCCUGAAAGAGGCACGGCCCACCUCACACAUGGGGGUCCCUCGGGUUUGGGAGAAGAUCAUGGAGAAGAUCAAGGAGGUCUCUUCUCAGUCCGGGUUCCUGAAGAAAAAGAUGCUUUCCUGGGCCAUGUCGGUUAGUUUGGAACGAAAUCUGAACUGCUCCAACAGUGACCUCAAACCCUUUCGAAUGCGCCUGGCUGAAGCUUUGGUCCUUGCCAAAAUCCGCAACGCUUUGGGCUUCUCUCGGUGCCAGAAGCAUUUCUGUGGAGCGGCUCCUCUCCCGUCCGAAGUGACGCAGUUCUUCCUCGGCCUGAACAUCCCUUUGUACCAAGCCUAUGGGAUGAGCGAGACCACCGGCCCCCACUGCAUGUCCGGACCGUACGUUCACCGACGAGGCAGCUGUGGCAAAGCUGUCUCUGGUUGCAAAGUGAAGCUCACGAACCAAGACGAAGACGGCAACGGAGAGAUUUGCUUUUGGGGCCGGACGGUUUUCAUGGGUUAUUUGAACAUGGAAGACAAAACUCGAGAAGCUUUUGAUGAAGACGGUUGGCUUCACUCUGGAGACCUUGGAAAGAUCGACCGCGAUGGGUUUGUCUACGUCACUGGGAGAAUUAAAGGAAAUGAAAUGAAGGAGAGAAGGGAUAAAAAGUGUGCAAUAGAUCUCGAAACCUCGGACCCUACAGACGCUUUGACCCAGGAGGCAAGAGAGUUUUGCCAGAAAGUUGGAAGCCAAGCGACUACGGUGUCUGAAAUCGUAAGGAUGAGAGACCAGGCUGUUUACGCGGCCAUCCAAGAUGGCAUCAACCGAGUCAAUUCGCGUGCAGCCGCCAAUGUUCAGCGCAUUCAGAAAUGGGCCGUCUUAGAAAAGGAUUUCUCCAUUUCCGGAGGAGAAUUUGGUCCGACAAUGAAGCUCAAGCGGCAAGCGGUUGCUGAGAAAUGCAAAGAUGCAAUAGAUUCUUUUUACAGGGAUUAAACAUCAACAUGGCAGGACGAGCAGAUGAAGUCAAUCAUUUUAAUUGACGCCUUCUUUAUUUUUGUGUUGUUGAAGGCUCUCAUAGCCAGAAUCACUGGGUUGCUGUGAGUUUUCCGGGCUGCCUGGCCAUGUUCAG